UAGGCAACCAAGGCAACCAUAAGCUGGGGCCUGUAUGGUACACAAGUUGUUUCUAUUUGAAGGAACCAUUAUUUGCGACCCGACACCAACAUCUAUUUUUUGUGUCCCAUCAUUCGAAAUUCCAUAGCUGCAUUCACAAGCACCAACCCACCACGAUGGCCGACCCAGCCUAUACUGCCCAACCUCUACACACCCCAGAGCUCCUCGAGCUCAUUCUGUCUUUUCUCCCUCCACACGCCCUUCUCCUCGCUCAACGCACGUGCAAGACAUGGCACAAUCUGAUCACGGCGUCGCCCACGCUGCAAACGGCACUGUUCCUCCGCGCAUCGGCAUCUCAGUCCCCAGACGCCUCAUACACGCUCAAUCCUCUCCUCAAGUCCGCCUUCCCGUUCAUUCUCUCGCCCAAAGAACUGGAACGCGCUCAGCAGGCGCCCGACUGGGACGUCCUCUGGGGCGACGUGGACGUCCCCGCGCAGGAAGAAGCCACGGUCAAGCCGUUUGUGUAUUCGCAGCUCAACCGGCGGCGCGACGCUUUCAAGAGGAAGGAGGCAAGCUGGCGCCGUAUGCAUCUGUGUGAUCCGCCCGUGCGGACCGUCGUGUGGCGGCACGAGGGCUAUGGCAUGGCCGGGCACGUGGUCACCGAGUGCGUGACGGGGUUCGGCGCCGAGGCGGCGCGGCGCGCGGGGAGCUGGAUGAAGCGCGAUGGGGAGGACGUGCGGCUCGAGCAGGAGGAGGGGCUGCGCAUGGGCGUGCUGUACGACUACCUGUUUGCCAGCGCGUGUGGGGGCGGUAUGCUUGUGGCGUGGGAUGUUGAGUUUGGGGUUGGGGGGUACCCCGGGCUAGAGGAGGUUGUGAAGCACGCGCAGCGGGAUGGUGAUUUGAGUCUGGCGAGGUUGAUGCGGGAUCAGGAGGAGGGUGGCGGUGACGGUGACGGGCGGGGAGUGACGCUGCUGGUGAAGCAGCAGUACAGCGGCAGCUGCGUUUUUGAGAUGGGCGAGGAGUUCCCGCAGUUUAUGAGCGAGGGGUAUUGUACGGUAGGACUUGCGCCGAAGGAGACUGUGCUGCACAAUAUGUGGGACUGAAAGGUGGGCAUGGGGGUUGGGGGCGGUGGCUCACGCGCAACGACGGGAUCGCUGAGCGACAUGCUCUAUCUACAUAGUCGUUAUUCAUUAUACCAUAAGUCGUGAUAACUCCCUCUGAAAAGGUUUCA